GUAGGGGGCAGCAGCGAACCAAACACACGUCUGACAGCCAGCGGCAGCAUGGAGACCGUGCGGGUGUUGGAGCUGUACAGCGGCAUAGGAGGGAUGCAUUACGCUUUGAAAGAGAGUGGGGUUCCUGCUGAGGUGGUGGCUGCUGUUGACAUCAACACCAUGGCCAACCAGAUCUACAAGCACAACUUCCCUGACACGCCGCUCUGGAACAAGUCCAUUGAGGGCCUAACCCUGGAGGACUUUGCUGGCCUGUCUGUUGACAUGGUGAUGAUGAGCCCGCCCUGCCAGCCUUUCACCAGGAUCGGACUGCAGGGGGAUGUCAGCGAUCCCAGAACCAAGAGCUUUCUCCACAUCCUACAUCUUCUGCCCAGGCUGCACAGGCCACCUCGCUUUAUUCUGCUGGAGAACGUGAAGGGCUUCGAGACAUCCGCUGCCAGAGAUCGACUGAUAAACACUCUGACCGAGUGUGGAUACGUUUUCCAAGAGAUUAUGGCCUCUCCCACAAGUGUUGGAAUCCCAAAUUCUAGACUACGAUACUUUCUGAUUGCUCGUCGUUCAGCAGAAAACAUGAACAUCCAUACGGGUUCAAAGGUGUGGGACGUGUGUGCACAGCCAGCUGAGGACGACUUGGCCUUGGUGUCAAAGGCAGCCUGUUCUGGUACCACUCCACCAGAGGAGAAGGCGAGCCAUGGGCUGGUUCUGUAUAAACUGGAGACGGAGAUGCAGCUUCAGAGGAAGACGACUCAGAACAGCAAUCCAGACGUGAAGCAGAUACAAGACUUUUUGGAAGCGGGCUCUCAGGUGAAUGUGGAGGAGUACUUACUUCCUCCUAAAACGUUACUGAGGUACAGUCUGCUGUUGGACAUCGUUCAGCCCACAUCCAGACGUUCUGUCUGCUUCACUAAAGGAUAUGGGAGAUACGUGGAGGGAACAGGCUCAGUGCUGCAGGGCUGCAUGGACACUGAGGUCCAGAGUGUUUUCACAGACCUGGAGCUGCUCUCUGAGGAAGAUCGACUCCAGCGGCUGAUGAGUCUCCGACUCCGUUAUUUCACUCCCAGAGAAGUGGCCAACCUCAUGUGCUUUCCUCCCUGCUUCUCAUUUCCAGAGCACAUCUCCACCAUCCAGCGGUACCGCGUGUUGGGAAACAGUCUCAACGUUCUACUGGUGGCCAAGCUGGUGCAGUUGCUGUUUUCCAUACAGCCAACUCACAGCUGUGAGAACUCAAGCAGUGCUGCUCCACAACCCCCAGAACCAAGGCCAGGCUCAGCUGUGGACACUUAAAUGAAUCAAAAGGACAUCUUGUAGUGGUCCUCCUGUGAGCCUCAUCCUGGCACAGUCCAGUGUGAUACCAUUGUUACAGGCCCUGCUGGCUCUAUUGUUUGAUGAACGAUGAGGCUUCAUAGUAGGACUCCAGCAAUCCAUCUUCAUCAUAAAGGAUCUCAUCAUCACAGUCCUGGUACUCCUCACCUUCGUUUAGUCAAUGAAAGCUUCAACUUGUGAAGGAAUUUAAAAAGCCUUCCCGUCCCAGCGGGGCUCUGUUUCUCGUAAGCUGCUGUUUUGACUCCUCAAAGCCAAAUGCUGCAAUGUAAGUUGAUGGGGAACAUGAAUGGAAUGAAUAGAAGAAAUGAAUUGAUUUAAUCCACCAUGUAGUGAUCUUUGAUUUCUUUGGUAUGGGCAUCCAGUGUUCAUGGAGAAAAACAUGGUCCAUACACAGAAGAAGACACUUUUGUUAAGUUUAUCUCUUUUCUCCCUGACAUUUAAUUUCAAACUCGAUUUGUACUUUUGUAAAACCACAAUAAAAAUGGAAAGAAUGCUCUGAGUUCCUGGAACAAGAACAUGUUAAACAACACUUUGUGGUGUUGUGUUCAUCCAUGUCUCCUCCUGAGCUGCUCUGACUCUACUCACUGAUUUCUUCACGUCAGCGUGAACCUUUGUUUGUCAAAGGUUUGCUUGUCCUGGUUGUCCUUUAAUGUGCAGUGAAUGAAUCAUUUCUUACUCUACACUAGAGUUGGGGUCUGCCCCCGGGACCCAGAGGGUUUCAUUAUUUUUCAUUUUGUCUUUAAAACCUGAUGUCAAAUUUUACAUUAAAGUUUCUAAAAACU